CUUUGGAUAGUCCCGCAAAAUCAACGAACUACUCUGAAUUCCGUAGUCCGUACCAGCGAACACUGCUCAUUUGCUUCUAUUGCAUCUCAGAGUCUCUCGCGCUUCGCUCGGCGACUUCGGUCCUUCCCGUGCCGGCGGCUUUUCAGAUUUUCUUCCCGCCCCCGUCGCAGAGCUUUCCGCGUUUACUAGCGAACUUCGCCGCCGGCGUUUCCACCGGAGCAAAUCUAGGACUCCGCCGUCGGCCAGAGCGAGAGCCGGUCUGAUUACGAUCAGAUCUGCGAGACGCCAUUUCAUACUCCCCGAGCUCAGAUGCGUGUUGAUUAUUAGCGACUGAGAUCGCUGCCAAUUCCGCUUGCAGCCGUACUCAUGGCGAUCUCCAGUCCUAUCACUCCCGGCCAGGUCUCCUUUUUCAUUGGAAUCAUACCUGUGCUCGCUGCGUAUAUCUACUCCGAGUUUCUGGAGUACAAGAGAAAGAGAGUAGCCAAAGCUAGGCACUCGGAUAUCAGUUUAGUGGAAGUGGGGCUUGAGGUGGUCAAAGACGAUGAUAAAGCUGUUCUAUUGGAAGGAGGCGGUCUUCAAUCUGCAUCUCCUAGGGCUCGUAACUUGCAUUCUUCAUCUCCUAUAUUCAGAACUGAAUUUGUAAUAGUCGAAUCACUUUCCAUGAGACCGUCUUCUGCCUUCUGCAGGUCUGAGUUUGGUCUCCUUUUGGUGUACUUUUACCUUUGCGAUCGCACUGAUGUCUUUGGCUCUUCUACAAAGACCUACAACCGGGAUCUUUUCUUGUUCCUCUACUUCCUUCUCAUCAUUGUUGCAGCCAUUACCUCUUUCACAGUACACAAAGACAGGUCACCGUUCUCUGGAAAACCCAUUCUUUACUUGAACAGACACCAAACUGAGGAGUGGAAAGGCUGGAUGCAGGUCCUAUUUCUAAUGUACCAUUACUUUGCUGCAACGGAAUUGUAUAAUGCAAUCCGAGUGUUUAUUGCUGCAUAUGUCUGGAUGACUGGAUUCGGGAACUUCUCGUACUAUUAUGUGCGCAAGGAUUUUAGUCUUGCCAGGUUUGCGCAGAUGAUGUGGCGGCUUAAUUUCUUGGUCAUAUUCUGUUGCAUCAUACUCAAUAACAGUUACAUGCUAUACUACAUUUGCCCAAUGCAUACUCUCUUCACUCUUAUGGUGUACGGGGCCCUCGGUAUUCUGCACAAGUACAAUGAAAUUGGGUUAGUCAUCGGAGCAAAGAUCGUUGCAUGCUUCUUGGUCGUGGUUCUGAUAUGGGAAGUUCCUGGAAUGUUUGAGAUCCUCUGGGGCCCAUUCACUUUAUUUCUUGGCUACACUGAUCCUGCAAAACCUAACUUACCUCGCUUGCAUGAGUGGCAUUUCCGCUCGGGGCUUGAUCGUUAUAUCUGGAUUAUCGGAAUGAUAUAUGCAUACUAUCACCCGACAGUUGAAAGGUGGAUGGAGAAGCUGGAAGAAAUGGAAAUGAAACGUAGAAUAUCAAUCAAAAUCGCUGUGUCUUCAAUUGCAGUAACGGUGGGGUAUCUGUGGCUUGAGUACAUAUAUAAGAUGGACAAGAUUACUUACAACAAAUACCAUCCUUACACAUCAUGGAUACCAAUAACGGUAUACAUUGUUCUGAGGAAUGUUACCCAGUACUUCCGGAACUUCAGCCUGACCCUUUUUGCAUGGCUUGGAAAAGUUACUUUGGAGACGUAUAUUUCUCAGUUUCAUAUCUGGUUGAGAUCAAGCGUCCCAGAUGCUCAACCAAAAUUACUGCUAUCUCUGAUCCCAGAAUAUCCACUGCUUAACUUCAUGCUUACGAGUGCAAUAUAUGUUGCAGUUUCCUAUAGACUCUUUGAGCUGACAAAUACAUUGAAGAUUGCUUUUGUCCCCAGCAAAGACGAUAAGCGACUGGUGCAAAACAUUAUAACAGCAGCAAUUCUUUCCAGUGUUCUGUACUCGCUGGCUUUUAUCUUUUUGAGACUUCCCCAGUUAAUGGUUUAAACUUGAAUGGUCACCACACAGAGUUUGAAACAGAAACAGUAUAUGCUAGUUCCGGUGUCAUUUUGGCUCUAGUGCAAAGAAUCUGAGCUGGUAAGGGAAUGAGGCUCUUGACCGUGAGCCAGUCUUGCGGUCUGAAGAUUUUGUACCUUUGUACAGGUGAAACAAGGUGAGUUGUAUGGCAUCCAAGCGAAGAGGUCGUGUAUCCCCCCAUCCUCGAUAGUAAAUGGCUGAUUAAGUCUAGUUGUGAUCAUAGUCCAUAGCUCAUUAUGUCGGAGGAUUUGUUAGAAGCGUAAUGCACCAUUACCUUUGGGAGGCUAGUUUUCUAUCGUUCUGGCAGGAGGAUUUUGUUAUAAGAAUCACAAGGUCUAUUUUGUCAUACCAGUGCACUGCACAUUUGCCGUUAUUCAUUCAUUUGUGCUUUGGUGUGUAUCAAAACCACUAAUGAUACUCCUUGCUUGAAUUCCCAUACACUGCAUUGUCCUGGCUGAUUAAACUUGUU